AUGAAGGUGGUUAUUACAGGUGCUUCCGGUCUUUUAGGACGAGCAGUUUCCCGACAGUUCAAGUCGGCGGGACAUGACGUGGUUGGUACGGCUCUCAAUCGUACCCAAAAUGGUCUUGUCAAAUUGAAUCUUUUGGACGGCAAUGCCGUGGAAGAGUUUCUGAAGCAAGAAAAACCUAACGUACUGGUUCAUUGCGCCGCCGAGCGCCGUCCCGAUGUUGCAGAGAAAGAUCAGGACGGCACCAUGCAUCUCAAUGUUCAAGUUCCGAAGCAUUUGGCAUCGUUUUGCAAAACAAACAACAUUAUAUUGAUUUAUAUCAGCACCGAUUACGUGUUUGAUGGCACGGCGCCACCUUACGAAGUGGACGCCAAGCCCAAUCCAUUGCAGUUCUACGGCCGCACCAAAUUGGGCGGAGAACAAGCGAUUCAAGAAGUGGAUUCUCAAGCCAUCAUUUUGCGUGUACCCAUUCUUUACGGUGCUACCGAGUUUUGGGGCGAAUCGGCUGUCAAUGUUCUCAUAGAAGCAACUCAGGACAAGAGCAAACCAGUGGUGAUGGAUAACUACUGUAUCCGUUACCCAACCAAUGUGGAGGACAUUGCUCGUGUGAUUCAAGAUUUAUCAUUGAAACGGUUGAAUGGCGACAAGUCCGUAGCUGGCAUUUUCCAUUUCAGUGGUGAAGAAAAGUUCACCAAGUACACCAUGGCCAAAUUGUUUGCCCAGAUCCUCAAUGUGUCUCAAGACCACUUGGAACCUCAAAAUGAAGUGUCUCAAUCAGCCUCUGCCACGAGACCGCAUGAUUCGCAUUUGUCCAACAAACGUCUCCAAGAGUUUGGAAUUAACACCGACUGUAUCGGAUUUGAGAAGUGGUGGAGAUCGUAUCUGUCCAAAAACUAG